AUAUCGGUAAAUGUCAUCGACUCGAGAACCACUUGCCUCGCAAACACUUUUGGAACAAGUCAACUACUUCUCAUCUUAAAUUGGAGAAAACCUACGUGAUAAAGAACCCAGCAACAUCCGGUCGAAGCAAAUUUCGUGAUAAUGGCCGACGAUCUCCUGGGAGGGGGUCUUGAUAUUGAUGGAUGGAAUUUCAUCAAGUUGGAAACCACCCGAAACGUUCAAGAUCUAGCAGACCGGAGCCAUGUUCAUCGGCAAAUGGUUCCCAUUCUACGAAAAACAAUGAUGCUCAAGCCUCAAUUUAGGGAGGCAAAAGAGGUCGUGAUAGCAGCCCUUGAUGCAAGUCAUGCUAUUGAGCCCUUGUGGAUUGCUGAGAGAAUCAAGCGAGGUUUAGACAAUCUUUUUGGAGCUUCUUGGCACGUGGUAGUGGGUGAGGAGUUCACCUUUGACAUUGAUUACGACGAUAACCUCGUGUUCCACAUGUUCUAUGGCAACGUUGGAAUCUUAGCUUGGAAGUGUGGAGCCAUUUUACCCUCGAGCAUCAAUCACAUAUCAGACCCCAACACCAAGGAGAAAAUGAAAUCGUUACUUUUGAAGAAGCGAGACGACAAUGAUACUGAAGUGGCGCCGCAACGAAAAAAGGCUCGAGAUUACUUUUCAGAGAAGAUUUAAUUGCUUGUCAAAGAGUGGGAUAGUGUACUCUUUCUUGGUUAACAUUUACUCACGUUGUUUUUCUUAUUGACACAAAGAGUGCCUAAGAGUAAAAGUAAACCCAAAACAAUUGGUAAUAGAGAUAAAAUAUGAAGCAUAGAAAUUUAUUCGAGGAUGCUAGCUUUGAAAAUUAACAUUUUGAAAGCAAGACAUUGCAAUGCGAUUUCGAUCAAUUAAGGAUUUUAAUUUUCAGCUCAAUCGAAUGACGGGAUCAAAAAUCUGUUCUUUUAAAGCGUAACACACCACACUAACUGGAAGAAAUUAGAUAACCCUCAAUUAUCACAAGAGGACCAGGUCAUUCAUUUUGAGUAGAGUUGUUUACUGCGCAAGAUGCAAAAGCUCAAUCGAGCUGAAAAUUCGAAAAUAUACCCAGGUUGACCAAGGUGUCAUAUCAAUGAUUCACUUAUCAUGAGAAUUUUCUGGUUGUGACCGUCUUAAAGGGGACAAAAUAAUGUAAAUUGAAAUACAUAAAAAAGGAGGCAACGUACUUUUAGUCAUUGGUCAAAUGGACGGAUCACAGUUCAUGCGAACUUUUCCGGUCAACUUUGAAAAUUGAUAAUCCUACACUUUUUGACGAUACUUAUUUUGGCAAAAAUUCUGGCCAAAAAUACUACGUUUAGCUUCACCA